UGGCUUCCCCUUAUUUUGACACAGACUAAAAAUUCCGUAUUGUGGCUGCAAGUUCCUGCGAGGCCCAGCCAAGGAGCUGAUCUGCACCUCCUGCUACCAGUAAGCCUGGGCCCUGCAUCACUCGAACUUCUCCCGUCCUCUGACCCAUCGCUGUGGGCUGGGCACAGCUUUGCUUCCGCCUCAGCAUGGGCCCAGCCCUCACGGGGCCACGCCCACUCAUGGUCAAGCGCCACUUCCGGGUGCUCCUGGCCUCCCCGCUGAUGCGGAUCUCGCAGCAUCUCUCACACAGAUCUGUUCACAGGGACACCCACGUCACUCUGGGUCUGGUCGCUCCCUGUGCGUCCCCGGACCUUGAGCAGUGCCUGACACAGGAGGCAUUCACACAUUUCUUAAAGUAAGAAGGAUUUCCUGCUGCCCAGGCUAGCACUGGGCGGAAGUUCUAAAAGCUCCGCUGUGUAGUUGUCAUGGAGUGAAUGACAACAGCAACAGUUGGCAAGUGACUAUUGCUUAGGAAAAGCCAACAUACGACAGGGCAGCAACACAUGGGAGACUGUGUGCACAGCGCCCAGGGCCAAGCAAUCCACUCAGAAGGGCGGCCCAGUGCUUCUGUGGCCCCAACAUCUGCUCUAGCGCCGGGAAAAUGCCCAAAAGGUCACAUUUCAAUAUCCAAGCAGCUGGCUUCAAUAAAAGCUUUGAAGAAGAGCUCAGAUCUGGAAAAAGCCAUUGCCACUGUUGCUCUGAUUUUCAGAAACUCUUCUGACCCUGAUGGUAAACUUGGAAAAGCUGCUACAAAAAGUCUGCUGCAGUCCCAAUUUGGGAAUUUCACCAAGGGACAAGAAUCCAAGUCAACCUACCAAGAGAUCCUUUCUGAACUUGAUGAGCACACAGAAAAUAAGCUUGAUUUUGAGGACUUCAUGAUCUUGCUACUAAGCAUCACUAUCACGUCAGAUCUACUACAAAAUAUAUGGAGCACAAAAAGUAUGAAUUGAGCAGCUUUCUGUGUGCGGUUAGAUGAAAUAAGGGCAAGGGUAAUAAGUGAUAAAGGCUUCCCAUCAGAUUUGUAAUUAAUUGCAUGUUGAUCACACAUCAAGGAUAGCUCUGAUUGCUGAAAUUCGGGCACAGUAUAACUCUGAAAGCUACACAUGCUCUUCAGAAACGCAUGACAUUCAGAAAUGUUCGGGUAAUGUGGUCUUCAUGCUUUACAACAUGUACACUGGACACCACUGAGUUGCUUUUGCUGAAUCAGUAGUAACUUAGAGCAAUUUUCUUGUAGACAGUGAGUCACUUAUUGGAUCCUCGCUCACUGGAUGACAGUUUGUAGCAGCUCCUUGGCGACACUGUGGAGGACGCUGUCAUGGGUGGCUGACAGCCCUCCCCUCAGAUGUGCCUGCAGAACUCCAGCAGAAGAGGCAGACACAGGACCAUUUUCAAUCAGUUGUGCAUAGAGCACAAGUAUAGUUAUGAUAAAGGGUGACAGGACGCUGAAAGUUCAUCUCCUGGCUUGGGUUCAAAGGUCAGGGAAGCUUCAUCGAUGUUCUGCAAAUGGCAAAAACACAGAUGACCAGUGGUUGCUAUGGAAAUGGGUGGGAAAUGAGCUUGUCCACAAAUAGGCACAAGGGACAUCACGGGAGAGCAGAGAUCUCCCUGUCGUGGCCGUUGUGACGGUUACACAGCUGCCUGCAUUGGCAGACUCUUCAAACUCACAUUACACAGGGUGAGUUUUACUGAAUGUGAAUUAUGAAUCAUAUGUAAGUAAAUAAAUCUGACAUUAAAAAUAA